UUGGGUGAACUUUCCCUUUUGAGCUCCCCAGCAUCACUAGAGCUUAUGCAUUAGUCAGAACAGAACUGACAAUUAUAGCAUCAGAUCAUUUCCUGAACAUUUCGAAAUAAGGUUCUUUGAAUUGUUACUAAAUGUUUGCAUAAUUUUCUCCACGUAUAAUUCUGCUUGAAGAAGUUUUGGCUGCUAAAAACAGGCUAUUGUCUUGCUUAAAGGAAUAGUUCACCUUCAGUUGCUGGUCCCCAUUGACUUGCAUAGUGUUGUGUUUUUUUGUUUUUUUUCCCCAUGCUAUGGAAGUUAAUGGGGACCAGCAACUGAAGGUGAACUAUCUGUUUAAUAUGUGUGAAUGCAGGCUUGCUGGUGGGAUUAGUGGCCUCAGGUUUUUUUUUUGUUUUUUCUUCCUCCGUGUGGGAACUUUAAUGUUUCCAUCUUCACUGAUGUUUAUUUUCAUAGAGAAUUUGACACAUUAUGGACUGCCUGUGUCUUUUUAAUAUAACAUUUUCUUCUGAGUUCCUUGGAGUGAGUCUUUCCGGUGAGCGCUCUUGUAGUUCAUACAGUAGUGCACAGUGUUAACAAUGCCAACAUUAUGGGUUCGGUUCCCACAGAAUGUAAGAAAAGAAUAAAAAUAUACUUUGAAUAUAAUAUGUGUAAUAUACGGUUACUUUUUAGCUACUUGUAUGUCUUUUGAGUCUAAGUUUGAGAAUAAUUGCUGUUGAAUUUAUUGAAAUAUUCUUGCCAUGUUGCUAAUAACAGAAAUUCCCACAUUAAAGUAGAAUUUGGUUUUUCAAAAUAUAGAGAAAAUGUAAGAGAAAAUCUAACGUGUAAGACUACAGCUGUUGUAUGGGACAGUAUCUGACUGGCCUGAGGUAAAUCCUUAGAAAUAUCAAGAGUUUUUGCUUAUACUCUUUAUAGCUGUACAUGCCAAUAGUAGAAUCUCAGUGGUUAGACAAAAAACUGCCGGAAGCAGAGUUCACACAUUCAUCAUCAUGUGCGAGACUAUUAUUUAGCAUCGGUGCUUAUGCAUUUGUGAACAUUUGUGAGGAUGUGACAUUUCUCGCCAUAGUGCACACUUCUGCUGCUUCAGUGAUCAGAUGAGACCAUGAAGCUGUUUGGACUGUAUUUCUCUGCUGUGUGGAUGUUGUGCUGCUGUUGCUGCUGUCGUUUUGUCUGUGGCAGAGUUCAGUGAAUUUUCUGAAUUAUCAGUCGUACAUUUAUCUCAUUGGACCCUUUAAAAUGUGCAAGGUAUCAAGCUCUUGUCUAUGUCCAAUCUUUCACACAGGUCAUGGUGUGUGCAAUGAAAGGAAGCUUGUUACAAGAAUCAAUUUAACCACAGAACUGCAGUCUGAAAUCCUGCUGCCGUGCCUUUUUGAACAAGCUCUCACUGGAUCAAAUCUGACCAUGAAUUCAGUUGCUGAGUGGACUCAGAUUAAUGAAAACAUUGACUUCAUUGUAGAGAUCAAAGUAAAUGGUCAUGAAAGCUUCUGGAAUAACAGACACAAUAGAAUUAAGGCAUUCCGUGAUGCUGCUGCCUCUGGAAAUUUCUCCAUCCUGAUUAGAGAUGUGCAGCUGUCUGAUCUGGGUCUCUACCGCUGUAAACUCUACACAGAUAUCAACUGUUCUCUGGGCUAUAAAGAGAUAGAAAUCAGUCUGGCUGCUGUUGAAUUUUCACUGCUCAAUAACUGGCAGCUCAUAGUUGCAGGAGGAGGAGGAGGAUUUCUAAUUCUCUUCAUGAUCACUGUGUGUGUUUACUAUGCGUGGACAAAACGGGAGUCUGAUAACACUGCUAUGAGACCUGGUGAGUAAACUGUAUCAAUAUUAUACAACAAAUCAACAAUGUAAAAUAAUUCAUACAUGCUACUAUAAUACAGCAAAUGAAGUGAAAGUUACAUGAUGUAAAGGCAUUCAUGAUGUAUAAAUCUCAAUUUCAUAAAAUUGACACUUAAGACUGAUUUUGUGGUCCAGGGUCACAUAUUGUACAAAGCUUCAUAUCAUUAACAUUUUCUCUUAACAUCAUUUUCAGGUCCAGCAGUUGAUGCAAUGAUCUACACAACAGUUGUCUAUGAGAGACUGCCAUAAAAGCAAGGCUUCAGUGAUCAGAUGAGACCAUGAAGCUGUUUGGACUGCGUUUUUCUGCUGUGUGGAUAUUGUGCUGCUGCUGCUGUCUUGUGUAUGGCAGAGGUCAUGGUGUGUGCAAUGAAAGGAAGCUUGUUACAAGAAUCAAUUUAACCACAGAACUGCAGUCUGAAAUCCUGCUGCCGUGCCUUUUUGAACAAGCUCUCACUGGAUCAAAUCUGACCAUGAGUUCAGUUGCUGUGUGGACUCAGAUUAAUGAACCCACUGACUACAUUGUAGAGAUCAAAGUAAAUGGUCAUGAAAGCUUCUGGAAUAACAGACGCAAUAGAAUUAAGGCAUUCCGUGAUGCUGCUGCCUCUGGAAAUUUCUCCAUCCUGAUUAGAGAUGUGCAGCUGUCUGAUCUGGGUCUCUACCGCUGUAAACUCUACACAGAUAUCAACUGUUCUCUGGGCUAUAAAGAGAUAGAAAUCAGUCUGGCCGCUGUUGAAUUUUCACUGCUCAAUAACUGGCAGCUCAUAGUUGCAGGAGGAGGAGGAGGAGGAUUUCUGCUUCUCUGUCUGAUCACUGUGUGCGUUUACUAUAUAUGGAUAAAGCGACAAAAAAAUGAUGAAAUAACCCAUGCGUCAGUUGUUCCUAAAUCACGCAAUUGCCAUGACAGUGAAGGACAAAAAAAUGAUGAAAUAAUCUAUGCAUCAGUUGUUCUUAAAUCACACAACUGCCAUGACAGUGAAGUUAUUCUGUAUAAUAACCCUGUAAAUAGCUCAGCAUCAGACCUUGUCAGCCAAGAGACGGUCCUUUACGCUACUGUCAAGCAAAGAGAGAGAAGAUGAGCAAGUGAGCAGCGACACGUCCAAAUUAAAACACUCAAGAAAAAGAAAAUAUUGUACAUCUUGUAUUGUUUGAUUUGAUUUGACAAGGAGUAUAUGAUGUUUGAAAUUGUUACAAGUAACAUCAUUUGAACCUUUUCUAAAGCACCAGGCAAACCAAAGUAAACCAAUUCAUACCCUUUUCUCUUGAAAAAAAAAAAGUGUAUUAAUAACUACCCUAAUUGUGGAAAGACAUUUUGAAAGACACACGCUUGGCUCAGCUGCAUGAGUCUGUGUGUUGCAACUACUGUGGAUGAAGGGUGUGAAACUCAACUCAGCUACUUUUAUCACCUAAACCACUGAAACUUUUGCAGACAGUGUGACAUGUGUUGUCUUGGUAAAGAAGCAUGUUUCAUAUUUCAGGCCAAGAUGCUUACAGGAAACCAGAGUGGAAAUUCCCAAAUCCAUGAGCUUCUUCACAAAUAAGCUACAGCUUCUGUUUUGUCAUAAAGUGUGAAAAUAUUUUCUUA